AUGUUCUAAUAUCUAAGACUAGAGUAUAGUAGUAGGAUGCUAAAAGGGCACAUCAUGUAUUUGUCCAUCAAUGAAAAGCCUUCAAAUCAGACGGUUCGGAACUGUCAAAUGACAAUCUAGCUGCAAUGACAAUUUUCCCUCAAGAGAUUCUCCAUCCAACAUACGAAGUGGGACUCAAAAGAAAUCCUAGCUAGAAACUACACACUGGAAAAGAAAAGAAAAAAAAAUCCUCUCUUAGUUGAUCACCACCAUCUGCCUGGUGUUUUGGUUUUGAGUACCGCCAUCAUUAGAAAAUUCUGGCUAACACUAGCGGCUUGUCCUUGUUCUCUCUCUCUCUCUCUCUCUCUCUCUCUGUGAAGGAUAAAAGAAGAGGUUGUUGGUUAACGGUAGUUAUAUAUUACUAACAUAUAGAGAUGUCCCACUAAAUUACAAUCUUCACAACUGAGCCUCUUGCAUAUGUGUGUGUGUGUGUGUGUGUGUAUAUAUAUAUAUAGACUGAAUCUCAAUAGUGCUUAUACUUCAAUUCCAGUCUCUCUAUUUUCCGCUCUUGCUUUGUUAGCAUUAUUGGUCUUUGUUCUGCCUCCAAAUUUGUCGCUCCACUCCUCCUACUUCGUUGAACAAAACCCUCAUUGCACAUAUUGGAUAAGGUCCUCCUCAAUCCCAAAUUUCCAUAAAUCCAGGAAAAAUUCAAUAUAAUCUCCAAAAUCUCCCUAUUUUUUUUUUUUUAUUUUUUGGAUAAGAUAAAAGCUCUUUGUGUCUCAUAUUAUCUCAGUCUAAUCUCUAAAUCCCAAUUAAUUUGUGAGAGAUAGAUAAGAGUUUUAUUUCAUGCCAAAAAGGGAUUAUCUUUCUCUUUCUCCUUGUUAUCUUCUUCUUUUGCAUGACUUGAAGAUAAAGCACUGAACAAAUAGUAAAUUUGGUUUUAUUAUUUUUUGUAUUCGCUUUUUUUUUUUUUUUUUUUUUUUCAACUUUUGGUUGCUGUUCAUGGACUAUUUAAAAGAAGUGGAAGGCAAAAAAAUCCAUGAUCCUAUUGAGGCAAAAAUGGUAGUACAAUCAUCAAGGAGAAUAUGGGUUGAUGGACCUGUAAUAGUUGGGGCUGGCCCUUCUGGUUUAGCUGCCGCUGCUUGUCUCAAAGAAAAUGGAGUUCCAAGCUUGAUCCUUGAAAGGGCUAAUUGCAUAGCCUCAUUGUGGCAGCACAAGACUUAUGAUCGUCUCCGACUCCAUCUUCCAAAACAAUUCUGUGUGCUCCCUUUGAUGCAAUUCCCUGCAAAUUUCCCAACCUAUCCAACUAAACAGCAAUUCGUUGCCUAUUUGGAGGAUUACACCGAACAUUUCGGUUUGGAACCUGUCUUCAACAAGACCGUGGUGAGUGCACAGUUUGAUCAGCGAUGUGGGUGUUGGAGGGUUAAGACUUUGGGAUUGAAAAUGGAGGAGACAGAGUACGUUAGCCAAUGGCUGAUUGUCGCCACCGGUGAGAAUGCAGAGGAGGUUUUGCCUGAGAUUGAAGGGAUUGAUGAUUUCUGUGGCCCUGUUAUCCACACUAGCUCCUACAAGAGCGGUGAGAUGUUCAGAGGUAAACGUGUUUUGGUAGUUGGAUGUGGGAAUUCAGGCAUGGAAGUCUGCUUGGAUCUCUGCAACUAUAAUGCUAGUCCUUCUCUGGUUGUGAGAGAUUCGGUUCACGUAUUGCCGCAAGAAAUGCUAGGAAGAUCAACAUUUGGAUUGUCCAUGUGUUUGCUAAAAUGGUUUCCAAUCAGAGUGGUGGAUCAAUUUUUGCUGCUGGUAUCACGUUUCAUUCUAGGGGACACUGCUAAGUUUGGACUGAGUCGCCCACAGCUUGGUCCUCUUGAGCUCAAAAGCAUCUCUGGCAAAACCCCCGUCCUGGAUGUUGGCACUCUAGCUAAGAUCAAAACCGGGGACAUCAAGGUUUUCAAAGCUAUAAAGCGACUAACACAACACGCUGUGGAGUUUAUCGAUGGGAAAGUAGAGAAUUUCGAUGCUAUCAUUCUAGCAACUGGGUAUAAAAGCAACGUUGUGUCAUGGUUAAAGGAGACGAAAAUGUUUAGUGAAAAAGAUGGAAUGCCUCGGAAACCAUUCCCUAAUGGAUGGAAAGGGGAGAGUGGAUUGUAUGCAGUGGGUUUCACUCAACGGGGUUUGCUCGGUGCAUUUCUUGAUGCGAGAAGGAUUGCCCAAGACAUUAAGCAGAGCUGGAAAACCGACGCCAAGCCUUUCAUCCCCUUCACUCGUGCACCACAAUCACCAUCAUCAUGAUUUUCGAGUUAUUAUUUUAAAUCAUACUUUUUUUAAAAAUAUCAUUAUAGCCCUUAUUAUUAUUAAUUUUUUUUCCCAUUCCCCUUAAGAAAUUAAGGGGGAAAAAAAAAAAAAAAAAAGGAAAGAAAAACCAGAAUGGACUCUGCAUGCAGUGCCUUUCACACUCUAAUUUUCCACCAACAAAGAGGUUCCUGAUCCCCAGGUCGUCGAGUAGACGACAAAAAAAGAAAAAAAGAAAAUAAUAUAUAUAUUUUUUGGUGGGGCCAGAAAAAAGAAUGGGAAUUGUAGCUAGCUAGCUAGGAUGCCAAAAGAAAUUUGAGUUUAAAUCCUUUCUUUUUCAGCUUGUACAUUGUUUAUAUAUUUUGUUUAUUAGUUAGGACCUUUUUUAUUAGUUAGGAGCUUUUAUUAAUAGAAGGGUGGGGGGUUUUAAUUAGUAGGCGGUGGUGUAGUGUAAACUAAAUUUUUUUUACAUUUUGGAUUUGAGAGAUUUGUGUAUAUAGAAAAAUAUGAUGUACGUUUCCAUUCCAUCAACUUGAAUUUGUAUUUUAGUGGGAUUUAAUUGCGAUGCUUGAAAAUAGACUAAAACACCAU